AAAAAAAAAUUUAUAUAUUUCAAGGAGGACAAUGUUGAUAUUGCAAUUAUGUUCGGAUAAAAAUUUUCUCGACAAUCAGGAUCAGUUAGAGGAUGAAAAAUAUUUAUCACGUAUUUGGGAAGCUCGUUAUUCGGGAGUGCAUUAAAUGUCAAAAACGUACGUUCAUCCAUCGGUGGAGCAAAUUCAUACGAUGGCAGGAAUUGGUGGCGGAAGAAGUGGAAGAAAAGAAAAUUGAAAAAUCAAUCAAGAAUUACAUCAAACUAACGGAUGAUGGAUAUCUUUCGCCCGAACGGGUUGAAGAUGUCUUGCCAAGGAAACAACCGGAGGAUGCACCAAAUGAUAUCGAAUUUAAUACAUUUUAUACGCAACUACGAUAUGUCGACCAUAGUUUGGAUAAUUUACGUCGCUUUAAACGUUAUGAACAUUUUCAACAUCUCCAAUAUGAUCAAAGAUUUAUUCCGGAACGUUUGCUAUUUCUUGGUCCAGAUUUAGCUGCUGCUCAUUUUUUGGUACAUCGUGGAGCAGCCGUGAAGUUUGUUGCCGAUAAUGUAUGGAUAAAAAAGGAUGGUAAAGGGAACUAUGCAUUACCAGGACAGAAAGUCCCGGGCUUGUAUAUUGAGGCAAUUGAUGCUAGCGAUACAGAGUUGAUGUUCGAAGGUCUAGAAAAUCUAGCCGAAUUAAGUCAUUUACGAUUGCUGAGACUUGCUGGAUGUUGUUAUGCGGACGAUUGGAUGAUGUCACGGAUUGGUGCAUUGUUCCCGGAAUCACUUGAAAUGCUAGAUCUCAGUGACUGUAGUCGAAUCACAGCUAAAGGUUUAGCUGGUCUACGGACACUCAAGAAAUUGCGCUAUCUUCGAUUGGAAGGGAUGGAUCAUGUCAAGGAUAUUGCAAAAGCGGCUUUGUUACUGGAAGAAUCUAUUCCGGAUUUGAGAGUAUUUGGGAUCAGUUAUGAAAAUGCUAUGCAAUCAUUGCAGAGGGAGAUGGAACUUCUGGUAAACGAGAGGGUUGUCAUUGAUGCGAAAGGUAAUAUAUAUGCCGAAGAUGAUGAUGGACGAUUAUUUUAUGUUGCUGGCCGAGUAAACGAACGACCUGCUGUUACGGAUGAUGACAAACCGUUAAUGACAAGUACGAUUCGACGUGAACUUCCGGAAAUGGAAAUUGCUGAAUUUGAACGACUGGACGAACUUUCGGGUGGUAAAUUACGACAUUUGUUGGUGGGCUCACCUAGUGGCUAUUCGUGGACACAAGAGGUGGAAACAAUUCUGAGUUUUGAAGAAAAAUGGAAGAAAAGGCGUGGUAUUCCGAUAGAUCAAAAACUUUUACCAAAAUCAAGGUGCAUGCCACAAUUGGAAGAUUCAGUGAAAUCAACCAAUAAUGCAUUACCUGAUAAACAGGAGGAAUAUGAAUUAAUCGAAGAUAAGGUGAUAGAUAAGAAAGUCAGUGUGUGAUCCUUUUACUUUUAUUUUUCUUUUUUUAAUGGUCCUUUGUGAUUGCAAUCAACCAUUGAGCUUAUUCUCUGUAAAAACAUGGCAUUAUUGCUUGAAGAUAUCUGGCAGUGAAAUUUCCUAGUGCCUAUCGUGAACAGUUGUUGGUUUCAUGAUCUUAGUAAAUAUACUACAGUCUUCCUGUUUGUUUUUAUGCGAUCAAGUGGUACUGCU